CGAGCGGAGGUCGCGGGGUGGGGAGACACGGUGGCAGCAGAGUUAUUUGGGGUUUCCUCAGACGACGCCCGGGGGCCGAAGGUGCCACCAGCGCUUGGGCUUAGGGCAAGGCGGAUAAGUGUGUUUGAGUCCGGCAAGGUAGCAUUGGACCGGGUUCACUAUAAGGGAUUGAGGGGUUCGGAUGGAGUGGUAUAAUGGGGUCUUGGCGGUCAAGAGGAAGUGCGGUCCUCAGUUUUUUUUCUCUAUGAUUUCCUUAAUGCCCAGUUUAGCGUGUGGCGUUCCACAUAAGUUGUGGAAUUGGUGGAAUUGAAAUGGAUUCCAGGGCCAUGCCUUUCCCCUUUUCUCAUUCUCCUCGCUUCCCACUCCCUCCCCCCGCCCCUUGUUCUGGAGGGACGCCCUGCAGUGGGUUCCUCCUUGGAGCUUGGAGCAGCUGGCAGCUCUCUUGCUGGGGCUGCGAGGCAUCCUGGCUCAGCUGCGGGUGAUAGGGGGGCGGGCAGCCCGUGUCGGGCUCGGGUCUUGGGAAUUCCGGUUGGAACCUGCGCUGGGACAGGGACCCUGUCCUCCCCGAGAGCAGUCUGAGGGGACCUUCCAAUCAGGGCGGGGGAACUUGACGGGAGGAGGAGUGUUGGAAAGCCUACACUGGCUAGGAACCCUGGUAUCCAUUCGUGUCUUGAUUUUCCGGCCAGCGAUUUUCUUUUGAACAUUAGGGAUUCCAUCCAGGAGAUACAACUCCUGGAAACAGGAUCCUGCGCGCGCUCCUCCUGCGCCCACAGACGCAGAACAGUCCCACAGUCCAUCUACGCUUUGCGAGCUGCACGCCCGGGCCUCACACAUCCCCGAGAACCCUCCAGGCUGCUCCUUUUUACCUGAAAGAUAGGAUCACCCCUCAGUUCAAGUCGCUCUUGGGUUUUCCGCGACUCACCUGACCCUCACCUUCCCGUCCCUGGGCUCGCUGCUGCCACCUACUGUCCGACCCGAACGAAACUUCAAAGGCAUAAUCGAGCCCGGUUGAAAGGGGGGAAAAAUCUUUUCUUCUGGGUCGCUGGGGCUGUGAACUGUUUUGGGAAGAGAAUGAGUGUGGGUUGGGGUGGGAGGAAGGGGGCAGCAGAGAGAUUUCUGGAGCUGGUUCCAGAGCAGUCAGGCCUCAGAGGUGGGGUGGGUCUGGUCAUUGUGCAACCCCUUCCAGUUCCUCCCAGCAGAUAAUAGCUGAAUCCAGAUGGUGACAGCCCGUGUGUCACCGUUUCCAGUCGAGUCUAGGAUAUGAGUAACCGGACUAAACAAAAGGCCCUUAAAGAGACCAGCCAGCUUCUUAGAGGAGAUGCUGCCCAUUUCCGGGGUGAAGGGGGGAGGGGAGAGAUAAAUAAAUGAAAAAAACCCCGGAGAGAAUCGUAUGGUCCUGUGGGAAUUUUAACUCAAGAGUACAUCUCCCUGAGCCUCAGCAGGUGUUUCCCAUUAAACACUACCAGGACAAAAUCCGGCCUUACAUCCAGCUGCCAUCACACAGGAACAUCACUGGCAUCGUGGAAGUGAUCCUCGGGGAAACCAAGGCCUAUGUCUUCUUUGAAAGGGACUUUGGGGACAUGCACUCCUAUGUGCGCAGCCGGAAGAGGCUGCGGGAGGAGGAGGCCGCCCGGCUCUUCAAGCAGAUCGUCUCUGCCGUUGCCCACUGCCACCAGUCGGCCAUCGUGCUGGGGGACCUGAAGCUUAGGAAAUUUGUCUUCUCCACGGAGGAGAGAACCCAGCUCCGACUGGAGAGCCUCGAAGAUACACACAUCAUUAAGGGAGAAGAUGAUGCUCUAUCAGACAAACACGGCUGCCCCGCCUACGUGAGCCCGGAGAUCCUGAACACCACAGGGACCUACUCCGGGAAAGCGGCCGACGUUUGGAGCCUCGGGGUGAUGCUCUACACCCUUUUGGUGGGACGCUACCCCUUCCAUGACUCAGACCCCAGUGCCCUUUUCUCCAAAAUCCGACGUGGACAGUUCUGCAUUCCCGACCACAUUUCCCCCAAAGCCAGGUGCCUCAUUCGCAGCCUCCUGAGACGGGAGCCUUCCGAGAGACUUACGGCUCCCGAGAUCUUACUCCAUCCCUGGUUCCAGUCGGUCUUGGAACCUGGGUACGUGGACCCAGAAAUAGGAACUUCCGAUCAGAUUGUUCCAGAGUACCAGGAGGACAGCGACAUCAGUUCCUUCUUCUGCUAAUCCCCAAACCUCAGAAACCUCAUUAAUUCUCACACAUGGCAUUUCUGUAUCUAAAGAUGGACAGGCCUUUGGGCGUGGGGCCGACCGGACCCAUGACGGCGUUAGGACCGUUGGACUCGGCGUGGCACCCCUCUUAAUGGUCCCGAUGAGUGACUGGGCGCGAGCAGUGUACACUCUGAUUGGCUGCCCUGCGGGGGUGUGCCGACUAUCCCUUUGUCUGAUUGGGUGGGGGUUCCACGUCUUUUAUAGGUGGCAAGGCGUAUGGAUAUCCUACAGCGUGUGAUCAAGUGAAAUGAACUUGAACACUCUAAAGGGAGAGGACGUGAAUCGCCCAAUGGCAUUUGGGGCAAUAACCUUCAUUUUUAACAGGGUGACACAUAAUUUGGGCCAAUAAACCUGCCAUCUUCGAACUUGUCUCUGAUAGCCAGACUUUCGCUACCCCAGCUCCUCUGAUCGGAAAGUUUCUGUUUUCCGGUUUGGUUUAACACUCACCCUUUCUUCCGUGUUUUUGGAGCAGACUGUUUCAGGGGCAUAGGAGCCCGCCUGGACCGUGAAUCCCGACUCUCCUCCAUCUCCUGCCAAGACCCCAUUUGCACUAAUGCUUUCUGACCUUGAAAUGUGCCCCUCCCUCCCCUUCUCUGUAGAAGCACUUACCAGCUAACUGUGGAAAAGUAUCACAAAAGUUGCAAACUUCUGGCUAUUUCAGAACUCUAAAUUCAGAGGGAGAGACUGAAGACUUUGAAAAAGAAUUUGAGCACUUGGAAACCGUGAGCUUUCUUGGUUCCCCUCAAAUAUGUUAGCAUUUAUCCUUUAGGUUUUUUUUCCCCAAGACCAUCUCAGGGUGGAACAUUGUGUCUAGGAGAAGAAAGAUAAGAAGUCUCCCCAUUCCCUCUCCCCAGAGCAAAUGUUAAACAUCUUUGUACUAAAGAGAAAGUGAAUUUUGGAUAGUCGUAGACAGUUCUCAGACUACCCUCCGGAAUUAUGCUUUCAUCCGCUAUGGGUAUAGUCUGCAGUUUUGCAUGACGAGUUUUUAAUAUUUCAGAGGUGGUGUGCUUUAUGAAUACAUCUGCGUCAUCCGUAUCUGGAAUGAAAUAGCAAGCCCCAAAUCUUUAAAGUCGAAGGGACUUUUAACAGUCCUCUAGUUCAAGUUCUUUUCUUUUUCUGCCACCUCCCCAAUGCAGAAAUCCAUACCUGUCCCACCCCCCCCCACCUCCCCACCCCCGCCUCCAGCUUCUUUCACAGGUGGGACUCCAACCUCUGCUGGAAUGCUUUCAGAGAUGGGAACUCACUACCUGCGAAAGAUAGAGCUUAACAGAGAAACUGCAAUUUGCAUUAAAAAAAACAAGUACAGAGGAAAUAAAAUAUCAGUAGCUGUCUCAGACAGUACUGCAAUCAGAUGGUUAAACGGGUAAACCAAACAUGCUGUAUUUUGAGAAAUGGCACAAAGACAGGCAGUCACCUUUAAGGGCUACGCCUAGGCAAACUACUAACAUGCAUUGUGAGAAUACCGUGCAUACCUCACGUACUGUGUACCUUGUACAUAUAUUGUACCUUUUAUACAUAUGUCCGAUUAUUUCUUGUUUUGGCUCUGAUGCUUUGUUCUGUUUGUGUCUGUCUGAAUAACCUGCGUGUCUAAGACCACGUGAAAUGUGAAUGAUCGUUGGCAAUAUUACUUCGACAGAAUCAUGGGACUCGGAAGAGAGAGGACAGAGGCCUUUGUGGCACUGACACUCUCGUGGUUGCGUGACUAUUGUAUCUGUGAUACAUGACCCGGCUGAGGACUCUGGGCUGGCUGGGGCUUCGAAACACUAGAUCCUUCCUGUACAUGUGUAUAUAUGUGAGAUGGCCAUUUCUGACUUGUAGAGAAAUUUUAAUAAAUCUGGUUUCGUAAA